UUUUGUUGUUGUUACUGUAUGUUUGUUAUAUUUUUUAUUACUGUUGAGCUAUGGCAUUUGUUUUAAACAAAUGUUUUCCUUGCGUGUGGUCCCCAUAUUUCUUUGGGAAUAUUCGACUUGCUGUGCCAGUCACAACGCAGCUGAGGUGGAAGAAAAUUCCUAUAAGAAAACCAAUGUGGUUACCCACUGCUCCAUCUAAACUGUACAGAAUUCCUGAACAUCCUUAUGUCCCACCUGAUGAAAAGGAAUUGAUCGCUGAACUGCUGGAGGAAUAUUAUUGUAAAGUAGAAUCGUUGAGGCAAUUAUUUCAAGCAGAGGUAAAACAGAAAGAUGAAGAUGAAGGAAAUACAUUAGAACAGCAACAAAAGGAUGAAGCAGAAUUUCGUCUUUUACUUGAAGAAAAUAAAAAAGAAAAUGAAAGAAUCAGGGCUAUAAGAGAAGAAACAUCAGAGAGACUAUUUCAAGAAAAACAACUUGAAUUAUUACAAUUAGAAGAAGAAAGGAAGCUUGAAGAGCAAAGAAUUAAAGAAAGAGUUGAAGAUAUAGUUAGGAAAGAAAAGGAGAUGAGUGCAUUUUAUAUCAAUUAUGACAAUUUAGAUACAGCUAUUGAGCAAGCUAUGGACAACCCAGUAAAUGUCAAUUUUGCUAUAACUCCAGCUGGUGAUGUAAUAUGGGAAGGCAAGCCACCACCUGAAUAUGAAGAAAAUGUAAUCAAAAGAAUCUCAGAAGGUAAAAAAUUGUAGAAAUAGCUAUUAAGUGUCAAACUAUUGAAAAAACACUGCAAUGUACAUAUAUACAGUAUGUGUCAGAGUGUAUAUGAUACAAAAAAUGCCUUAUAGUAUGACAAAUACUUCUCUUUUAAAUGGUCAUUUUCCAAAUUUCUGUAUAAUAAAUAUCUGAAAUAAAUAAAUUAAAAAGACAAAA